AUACAAACCACACUCCGUACGUCUCGAGAAAACUUGAUAGACUUUGUAAUGGCUGCAUGUUAAUCUCACCCUAUUCUUGGAAGUUAUAUGUCUCGUAAAGCAUGAUCAAAGCUAUACUAGUUUUUAAUAAUCACGGCAAACCACGCCUUAGUAAAUUUUAUGCAUACUAUAAUGAAGAUAUGCAACAGAAAAUCAUCAAAGAAUCGUUCCAACUAGUUUCUAGGAGAGAUGAUAAUGUCUGUAAUUUCUUAGAAGGUGGAACUGCUUUAGGUGGAGCUGACUCAAGAUUGAUCUAUCGCCACUAUGCAACUUUAUAUUUUGUCUUUUGUGUUGAUUCUUCAGAAAGUGAAUUAGGAAUCUUAGAUCUAAUACAGGUAUUUGUGGAGACAUUGGACAAAUGUUUUGAGAAUGUUUGUGAGCUGGAUUUGAUAUUUCAUGUUGAUAAGGUGCAAUAUAUAUUGCAAGAAAUCGUAAUGGGUGGUAUGGUGUUAGAGACGAAUAUGUCGGAAAUAUUAACGCACGUCGAAGCUCAAAACAAAAUAGAAAAACAAGAGGGUGGCAUAUCUCACAACACGACGAAAGCGUUCAACGCCGUGAAGAACAUCAGUCCGAACCUUCCAAGUUUACCAAAGAAUUUUAAAAACUUACCAAAUAUUUCAUUAUCCAAUUUAUCGUUCAACAAGAACUAGAAGCAAUCUCGAGAAGUUGAACAUGAACUAGUGAUGGGGUGAAGAUGUGUUGGAAAAAUGUUAAAAAGAACGCAAUUUCUUGUAUUUUAAAUUUAAAUUCUUCUCUUUUGCUGCUUACUUUGGAGGAAAUUUCCUAUCUUCUACUUUUUCGACAUUUUUAGAUGUUUUCCAACGAUUUCCCUUUAUGUUAAUUGCUAAAAUUUCUAGUUUUUAGUGUGCGUUGCCUUCUUUGACGAAAAUUCUAAAUAUUUUAGUGUGUUUGCCAGAAUGAUUGAAAAAAACUAUAUGCAUGGAUAUUUUUUAUACUUUAAAUUUUAUAUUCUUUAGAAGAAUACAAAGAAUAUCAUGGAAA